UGGAUGGACUGAGCCACAUUACUUGCAUCACUGGAUCUCCAGAUUGCAGUCUACCCAUCAUGGGACUCUUCAGUUUCUAUAGUUGUGAAAAGAACGCAGCCUCCCCAUGUGGCUCUACCUGGCAGCCCUCGUGGGCCUGUACCACCUUGUGGUCUGGUACCUUGAGAGGCAGGUGGUGAGCAACCUCCAAGACAAGUAUGUGUUCAUCACGGGCUGUGGCUCGGGCUUCGGGAACCUGCUGGCCAGACAGCUGGACAUGCGUGGCUUGAGGGUGCUGGCUGCAUUGGUCAACAAUGCAGGCAUAUAUCCCGGAACAGGACUGAGUGAGUGGCAGAAGGCUGAAGACUUUAUGAAUGUCUUCAAAGUGAACCUCUUUGGUUUGACCGAGGUGACCCUGAGCAUGCUUCCCUUGGUGAGGAGAGCGAGGGGGAGGAUCGUCAAUGUCUCCAGCAUUGCAGGAAGAAUUGCUUUGGGUCCUGCAUCCUACACCUGCUCCAAAUUUGGAGUUGAAGCAUUUUCAGAUGUACUGAGGCGUGAGCUGAAAAGUUUUGGGGUGAAAGUUAGCAUCAUUGAACCUGGUGGCUUUAAAACAGGCAUGACAGAUAUGCAGAGAAUGUUAGAGAAGAUGGAGAAAAUCUGGGAUGACACACCCAUACAUAUUAAGGAAGUAUAUGGACAGCAGUUUUUUCUUGCUUUGGCUGGGACUACAGGAAUGGGCUACCUUGCUCAGCUGCAAUCACUACUUGGCAUGGCUCAGCUCGGCAAGGCACGGCAGAGCAUAGCAAUGCAUGCUGGAGAUCGAACCCCCAACCCCAGUUUCAUCCUAAGCAGGCGCGUUCAUCUGCUCAGCUAUUUGGGAGGCCUUUGUAAUAGUGAUUUUUAA